AUGGGCUGUACCUCCAGUGCUGACAAGUAUGGCACCGUCGCCACUCCAAGUGCCAAAGCCACACCGGCCACGCCCGCUUCGCCCGCGUCGCCUGCGUCGCCCACCUCUGCUGAACCGGCCGCGUCGCCGGCGGGCGCCGGAGCGGCAGGAGCCGGGACCACUCGGCGCGGCUCCCGGGUGGUCGAGGAAAACACCGACGUCAUCGUGGGAAGCCGACGCGCUGCACCGAUGGUGGGGCUCAGGCAGGAUGCUGAUGGAGAUGAAGCUCAUGAAUUUUUUGUGGAGGAUCCCAAGACGGGCGAGAUGCGGCAAGUCACGAGGGAUUUGGUGGAGCUGGGGUGA